UACGACUGGGAAUUGAAGUUGAAAAGAGUCUGGAUUUCCUGUGCGUGGUCGAGGAGACUGACAAACUUCUUGUCCUCAGGCGAGAGUUUUUGUAGGCUCUCCAGGGGCUGAGGUGCUUCCUGAUUCUGGCAAGAUGCCCCCGAAACAGCCUCGUUGGCAGAGCAUCAACAUAAGCAGAGGAACCAGGAAGAGAGAUGAAGAUUCAGGGACUGAAGUGGGAGAAGGGACAGAUGAAUGGACCCAGUCCAAAGCCACAGUUAGACCCCCUGACCAGCUGGAGUUGACUGAUGCGGAGUUAAAAGAGGAGUUCACCCGGAUCCUGACAGCCAAUAACCCACAUGCACCCCAGAACAUUGUCAGGUACAGCUUCAAAGAAGGCACAUAUAAGCUUAUUGGCUUUGUGGACCAACUAGCAGUUCACUUCAGCCAGGUUGGGAACCUGGUCCCCAAAGACUCGGAUGAAGGACGGCGACAGCACUACCGCGAUGAGUUAGUGGCAGGUUCUCAGGAGUCUGUCAAGGUGAUGCUUUCAGAUACAGAAAACUUUGAAGAAGACGAAGAGCCCAAAGAAGCAGAAACUGAAGCUGAGAGUCAAACCGAUGUGCCUGUAACUGGGGUAGCUGAAAAUGUGAUGGAAGAAGAACUGAUGACUCCUAAGCAGCCCAAGGAACGAAAGCUCACUAACAAAUUCAACUUCAGUGAGAGGGCCUCACAGACCUUCAACAACCCUCUUCGGGAUCGAGAAUGCCAGAUGGAGCCUCCUCCCAGGACAAACUUUUCAGCCACAGCCAAUCAGUGGGAGAUCUAUGAUGCCUACGUAGAGGAGCUUGAGAAGCAGGAAAAGACCAAAGAGAAGGAGAAGGCAAAGACACCUGUGGCUAAAAAAAUGGGGAAGACAGCCAUGAGGAAGCUGACAUCUAUGGAGUCCCAGAGUGAUGAUAUCACCAAAGUGUCCCAAGCUGCUAAAAUUGUGGAACGGAUGGUCAACCAGAAUACAUAUGAUGACGUUGCUCAAGAUUUUAAGUACUAUGAAGAUGCUGCUGACGAAUACCGGGACCAGGAGGGUACGCUGCUGCCGCUCUGGAAGUUCCAAAACGACAAAGCCAAGCGCCUGGCCGUCACCGCCCUCUGCUGGAAUCCAAAGUACAAGGAUCUGUUUGCAGUGGGACAUGGCUCCUAUGACUUCAUGAAGCAGAGCCGGGGCAUGCUGCUGCUCUACAGCAUGAAGAACCCCAGCUUCCCCGAAUACGUCUUCAGCAGUGACAGUGGCAUCAUGUGUCUCGACAUGCAUGUGGACCACCCCUACCUGGUGGUGGUGGGCCACUACGAUGGCAAUGUGGCCAUUUACAACCUCAAGAAGCCCCAUUCCCAGCCCUCCUUCCGCAGCUCAGCCAAGUCUGGCAAGCACACGGAUCCUGUCUGGCAGGUCAAGUGGCAGAAGGAUGACAUGGACAACAACCUUAACUUCUUCUCUGUGUCAUCUGACGGCAGGAUUGUGUCUUGGACGCUUGUGAAGAGCGAGCUGGUUCACACAGAUGUCAUCAAGCUGAAAGUGGAAGGCAGCACCACGGAAGUUCCUGAGGGGCUGCAGCUGUACACAGUGGGCUGUGGCACCGCCUUUGACUUCCACAAAGAGAUUGAUUACAUGUUCCUAGUGGGCACAGAGGAGGGAAAAAUCUACAAGUGCUCUAAAUCCUACUCCAGCCAAUUCCUCGACACCUACGAUGCCCACAAUAUGGCAGUGGAUGCUGUGACCUGGAACCCAUACCACACCAAGGUCUUCAUGUCCUGCAGCUCUGACUGGACAAAAAGA